CGUUCCGGGACUCGCAUGCGCGCGUCAGAGGGGGAAGCAGCUAGGAGGGUCCAGCAGCUAGGAGGGUCCGGGUGCUUCGAAUCGCAAACCCCGCCCCCGCGUGUCGACCCCGCCCCGCCCCGCCGCCUCAGCCCCGCCCCGUCCCGCCGCCGGGGCAGGCACGCGACGCCCUCUCCAGGCCAGGCUCUCGCGCCCUAUUUGGUCUUUGGGGGGCAGGCGGUGGGAGGCGAAGCGUGCGCGGCGGAAGGGGACGCAGGGCGGGCUCGGGUGCGCCAAGGCACAGCUCUAACCAGCGCAGCCGCCACCUCCUCGGGAACCCACGAGGCCUCCGCGUCCUGCCUCGGAACAAUGGGACUCGGCUCGCGAGGUAUCUUGGCUGUGCUGGCCCUGGGGGUCGUGGUGGGGGUAGCGCUGCUGAAGAUCAUCGCCGACAGCACAGACCCGGAGGGAUCUCCAGGUAAGAAGAAUCCUAUGUCUGUGGAAGACUCCAAUGAUAACCCAAUAGCCUCACAGGUGCUUUUCAACCAGACAAGUGAAUCUUCCAACUUCAGUGUGAAAUCAUCAAAAACUCCAGUUUCCCCAGUCUCAAAGAUGACAGCUACCACCUCGAAACCCAUAGCAGAACCAUCAACAACUGCAGUUGCCUCAGUCUCAAAUAGUGGGACAGCCGCCACCUCAAAAUCCAUAGCAACGUCUAAAAUGAUAACACCAGAGGUCUCAACAAAUAUGACUUCCACCACCUUAAGGUCUACACCCAAAAUAACAAGUGUUUCACAAAAUACAUCCCAGAUAUCAACAUCCACAAUGACCACAACCCACAAUAGUUCAGUGACGUCUGUUUCUUCAUCAGUAACAAUCACAGCAACUAUUAUUUCUAAGGAAAAUAAAGGAUCAAAAUUUGAUACUGGCAGCUUUGUUGGUGGUAUUGUAUUAACACUGGGAGUUUUAUCUUUUCUUUAUAUUGGAUGCAAAAUGUAUUAUUCGAGACGAGGCAUUCGGUAUAGAACCAUCGAUGAACAUGAUGCCAUCAUUUAAGGGACUCCAAGGAUCAAUGGAAAGAAGAUUGAUACAACCCUAUCAAUUAAUUUUGAUUUAUUAUUACUUUAGAACAGUAUUUUCUUGAAAAUAGCAUAAACAGGCCAUGAAUAUAAUAUACAAUGUAUUAUAUAAAUAUGUAAAGAUUCCUCAUGAUUGCUAAAGGUAAAAAGGGUUUGAUUUGGGUUUUUUAAUGAACAUACGUAGCAUACAGUUAAUGCAAUGGUUAUAAUAUUCACUUUUAGAAAAUAUAUAGUAACACAAGUCUUGUCCCAUUUUUUUGUGGCAUUGGUCGCAUAGGGCCAGUAAUUGGAAAGUAUCAUCAGUGAAGGGUAUGAUGCCAUGUGGUCAUACAAAUAAGGAGCUUGUCUCGGCACUCAGGAUUUUGAUGUCUUUGUUGGUCACACAAAGAACCUCAGUGCUAUUAAGAGCUGGAUAUAUCCUAAUUACCACUGCCACAUAGCAGAAAUUAUAUGAAUAAGCCAAGUCUUAAGCAUAAUUUUAGUUAAAGUGUCUCUUCAGACACUUAUUUGAUUUAGAAACAAAACGCGUGCCCUCCCCCACCAAAAAAAAAAAAAGUCAAAUAAAACUAGAAACAAUACGUGGGCUUAUCACUGUUAGAGAGCCAUUGGAGAGCCUGUAUUUUUAAUAACUUCUUUUGCGCUUUCAACGGCAGUUGAUGUAAUUGCCUUUUUUUCCCUCUGUAAUUUCAGUAAAUUGCAAUGUUUAACAUAAUAAUGUUUUAAAGACUUAGUUAUUAGUGUUAAAUGAUGUUAGAUUAUUUGCUACUGUGAGAAUACUGUCACCACUGGAAAUUGCUUUACUUCAUGUUCAGCUGUUAAUCUUAUAUUUAGUGAAUAUUUUUAACAGAUGUAGAACUGCUUUCAAUGUCUAGAAAUGGUUAACGUAAUGUAAACACACCUAGCCUUAAAAAAAAAAGACUCAUAUGAUUUCCAAAGCAACAUUUAGAACUCUCUUUAGUCCAAACGAUAGAUGAAUGCUGUUUAUCAGGCCAGGGAUUGUGGGGCUCCCCUCAGGCUACUAAACCUAUAGGAUGAGAUUGCCACAUUUUCUUGCACUGUCAAUGUUACUCAAAGAUUUGGGGAAACAGCAUUUUUAUACUAAGACACCAAUGUACUUUGGAAUAAAUUCGUGCGGAGUUUUUAAGACAGAAAAGUUCCUGCUUCCUUAUUUGGGUCCUCUUCCUCCCGUGCUGAUGAGGGGAGGCACGUCAGAUGUACCAUGUUAAUGGAGAGGAAGCAGGCAAUACUGAGGGACACCAUUAUCAGCCAGCAUAUUUUGGAGUGUUUUCAGCUUUACAGUUUAUAUUCCAGCACUCAAAACUCAGGGUCAAGUUUUGACAAAAGAGGUAUUUAGUCAUACUGUGUACUAAAAUAUUGCUUCUUCUAUCUUAGAUGGUCACAGUAAAUCACACCAAUGUCUGACAGUCCAAAAAUGAGCUAAGAAGUCCUAAAAAAUAUGUCCCUACAUUUAAUAGGAAUUAAAUGUAACUUUUGUGAUCAGCUUUUGGUUUGCAGAGAAUCAAGAAUUCUGAUAUAAAAGGAUCAUUUCUACUCACUGUGCAUUAUGGCCAAUUGAUGUGAUGAAAAUGAAUAAUAAAAAUUAUCCAGAAUAUGGAUAUGACAGGAUGGAUGGAUGUGACACGUGGAAUGUGGAAGAAAUAUUAGGAAACACAUGUGUUUGCAUUAGUUUGAAAAAAGAUGUGGGCUGAUAAGUUGUAUGUUACUAACUUAGCCAUAACUGGUCUUUUAAACACUGCUUCAUUUCUUUGCAAAAUAUACUAAAGAUACGUUUUAUAGUAAUGGGGGCUUUCUAAACUUAAUUUGUCUCCUGCAUUCUUGAUAUUUCAGUACUUUAAGUCAGUCAGAACUUUGUAGACAGGACUGAACUUUUCUUGAAUACUUGUUUCUUAGCACUUUGAAAAAUAUAAAACCACUUUUUAAGUACUAAAUGUCAUUAUUUGCCUUUAAAGUUUCCUGUGCUUUAGGUUCGAAAUAUUUUAGUUAUGUCUUUUUUCUGUAUAUAAGUUGUAUAAUUUGUUACUUUCAAAUAUCAGUACUUCAAUGCAAUCAGGUGUUGGGGGUUUUUGGUUUUUUGUUUUGAUUUUGUUUUUUGGUUAUCUGCAGAAAUUGAGGGAAACAGCUAUAUAAACCAGUAUUUCCCUUUGGAGCACAUUUCCUAAGCGUAAAUUUAUCUUCCUCAUUAUGUUUACUUCAGCAAAUGUUCAGUUUUAUUUGCAUUCUUUGAGAAUGUAUUUACUUGAAGAUAAAAGCAAUUCAGAUGUAUGUAUAAAUAUUAGGUAGAAUUCAACCUGUGAUUUUAAAAUUUCCUUGGAUAAUCCAUAGAAUGAAUAAUUCAAAUACAGAUAAUGAGAGCUGGCAGUAUAUUACAGUGAUAAUUUUGUAUUUUUCAGGAAAAAAAAUGUAAAGCAAAUUUCUGUUACUUUUUUUUCUUUUUAUUACAAUGACCAACUUUUGGCAUUUUGUUGUUACUGAGAUCUAUUUUUAGAAUAAAAUUUUGUUCUUUAAGAGUA